AUUGCUAUCUGUAAAUUUAAAAUGAGAAGAGCAGAAACCAACCAGGACGAUAAAUCACCAUGGAUGCAGGAGUCUGAGGUGUUAUCUCCAUUGCUUCGGAAAUACGAUCAUCAAUUCAGUGCUCUACAGAAGACAUUAGAAGAAACUAGGGUAGACGUGUUGCAAUUGAGAUCUAAACUGUCACAGAAAACGGAUGAAAACACAAAGUUGCAAGCUGAGUUAAACUCAGUGUCACUUGAGCUGCUAGAGUUGAAGGGAGUUUUGCCUUCGGGUGAAGAGUCCGGAUCCAAGCAAAAACAACACUUUUCUCUUUCCAAUGCUCAUAUCACAGCAUCGUUAGAGCAAAAAGUGCGACUUUUAACAGAAGAAAAAGACAAUGCGCUGGAACUGGCUACUUCUGCCAAUAAUGAACUGGACCAGCUACAGAGGAACUACAAGGAAAAAGUAGCUGAGAUUGAAGUGGAACGAAACACUCUGAAAUCGCAAUAUGAGCAAGGAGCGAGUGUUGCGAAUUCGUACAUGUCACUGCGAACACGAAACUCGGAGCUGGAGAAGCUAAAUGCCAAGCUAGAGACUGAUGUGCAGGAAUUGACAAACAAAUUGACCUCAUUUUCCACAUACUUCAAACAAAGUCAGGAUGAACACAAAAUGAGCUCAACCCAAUUAGUAUCACUGCAGAAUGCUCAGAACCAACUGGAAAGUUUUCUCCAGAAAAAGACAGUGGAGGCGCAGAGAGCGAGCCAGGGGGAGCGGAACAUGGAGAGUCAGGUGGAGGAGUUGGAGAGGGUGGUGGAGAAUUUAGAGGGGAAGUACAAGGAGGCAUCUGCACAGUUAACCAGACACACCACAGAGAAAAGACAGCUGAUGGAGGAGAUCGAACACCUCAAGAAGGACAAGGAAUUGUUGGAGACGAGGGAGGCUGAUGCAGUAAAAGAGGUGCGGCAGGCGACCCAACUGGUGGAAAAUGCCAUUCUGGAGAAGGACCAGGCAGUGUCCAGAGAGGGACAGGCCAAGGAAGAGAUAAUGAAGCUGAGGGAUGAGUUGACCAAAGUGUAUGAGGAGGCGGGCGAGAAGACCAGACGGGAGGUGGAUGAGGUGAGGGGUCUGUGUAACAAGUCAGUGGACAGACUCAUGGAGGACAUACACUCUGUGGAGAUGAAAGUGGCUGAGAAACAGUGCGAGGUAGAGCGUGUCUUCCGUGAGAAGAAACUAGUUGAGAGCGAGUUGGACAAAGCAUUGAGGGACCAGGUGACAGGGGGUCACGAGGUGGAACAGCUGCAGGACAGAUGCAUAACAGCCGAGAGGAAACUUGAGGACAGCAGAAUCAAACUGAAACAGAUGCAGCACCACACAGAAACCAUUCAGCAACAAUUCGACGCACAGAUCUCCAGCAUGGAGGGGCAGCUGCGGGAUGCGAAGAACAUGAGUUCGAAGCUGUCCUCUGAUCUGCAGUUGAACAGUGAGAAGUGUCUGCAACUACAGGAACAAGUGGAAUACGCCAAGAAACAGGCUAUGGCUUCAGAACAGGCCAAACAGCUGGCCACGAGAAAAGCUGCCAAAUCGGUGGCGAGUGUGGAACAGGAUUUGGAGUUGAAGGUGACAGAGUAUGAGGCCAGAAUAGAGUCCAUGGAGGAGUGUCAUCAACACUCCAUCUCAGAACUACAGCGCAUGCUCAUCCAACAGCAACAACUGGGCGCUAAGUGGCGUGAGCAGUCAAACAGUCUGCAGCAGAAGUGUGAGGGGGCAGUGCAGGAGCUGAAGGAGGAGUUGAUUGUGCACAAGAAGAGAGUACAGGAACUAAAUGACCUCCUCGCCCAGACAAAACGCAACAAGGCAGAGUUAGAGAAGCAGUAUUAUAAGAUGCAGAAUGAGAAGAGCAAGACGCAUGAACAGAUGUUGGAGGCACAGAGACAGCUGAGCAUGAGUCAGGACCAGCUGAGCAAAGUGGUGAAGAGGGAGCGCACACUCACCAAUGAGAACAUCAAACUCACAUCAGAAAUAGACCAGCUCAAAAUCGCCCAAACCAUCAACAGCGGCUAUCUAGCAGACAAGAUGAGAGAAUCCUCUAUCGGCCUGUCUUGACCUUAUUGGAUUGACAGAGGCAAUUCAGAUCAAUUUGUACAGCCAUACUACGCCAGUGAUAAUAAAUUAGUUUCAUGUAUGAUUUUGUUCAGUCUGUAAAUUUUGCGUAUUGUAAAUAUAGAUUAAUUAUUUA